GGUCCGGCACGGGGAGCUCGGGUCAGGCCCCGAGGCCGCCGCCACCAACCGGUGCCAGCGAAACCCGCCCUCCGGGAGCGGCGAUGGUGACCCCUCCUCAGAGUCAGCCAACGACGCGGCCAGGGAAGGGUUACGCGUUAAUCUUGUGGCUGUUCCAGCAGCCGCGGAGGGAUACGGAGCCGAAGCCUUGAACGUGGUGCUGCGGCUCCGCAAGCAAAAAAAUGUCUGCCUAGGGGAGCCUACAAGUUCCUUCUAGCGGGGGGCGGGGUGGCCGGCUCUGCCUCCCACCCAGCGGCCCGGCCGCUCGCGAGCGCGGCCCUGCUGGGUUCGGACGUCACCGCGGGGAAGGAGCAGCUUUGGGGCUCCGGAGCUGGUAGUUACAGCAAAUUGUGUGUGCGGAUAAAGCAAAUUAACCCUCUCUGGAAAUCAGGCAAUAACAAUGCUCAAGCAGACAUGGCUCUGCUGAGGCACAUCCACAGCCCAACUUGUCAGCUCCAUUGUUGCGAAAACAGACUUAAUUGAAGUGGAUGAAGAUGAAUCCUCAGCAGCAGCGGAUGGCCGCUAUAGGAACCGACAAGGAACUGAGCGACCUGCUGGACUUCAGUGCGGUAGGAUAUUCUUCGAGGUCUUCUUAUGGCUUCUCCACGAUGUUUUCCCCACCUGUUAAUAGUGGGAAAACCAGACCAACUACAUUAGGAAGCAGUCAGUUCAGUGGAUCAGGUAUGGAUGAACGAACAGGAGCUACAUCUUGGGGAACAAGUGGUCAACCAAGUCCCUCAUACGAGCCUUCAAGGGAAAAUGGCAGUCUCCAUGGAAAAAGCUCAGACAUCUCCACAGCCAUAGAAAAGUUGAAACCUCAAGAGGGUUUUGCAGACAGCCCUCAUUAUGGUGAUCACUUGAAUGACAGUCGAUUAGGGCCCCAUGAAGGAUUGUCCCCGACACCUUUCAUGAACUCAAAUCUGAUGGGAAAAACAUCAGAUAGGGGUCCAUUUCCACUAUAUGGCAGAGACCCAGGACUACCAGGUUGUCAAUCCAGUCUCCUUCGAUCAGAUGUGGGACUUGGAAGCCCUGGUCAGUUGUCAUCCUCAGGAAAACCUGGAACACCAUAUUACCCAUUUUCUUCUGCAAAUCCACGCAGAAGACCACUUCAUGACUCAUCAGCUCUUGAUCCUUUACAGACAAAGAAAGUAAGAAAGGUGCCCCCUGGUUUGCCUUCUUCUGUAUACGCACCAUCCCCAAGCUCUGAUGAUUUCAAUAGAGAAUCUCCAACUUACCCAUCUCCUAAACCACCAAGCAGUAUGUUUGCUAGCACUUUCUUUAUGCAAGAUGGGACCCACAACUCUUCUGAUCUUUGGAAUUCAUCCAAUGGGAUGAGCCAGCCUGGUUAUGGUGGAAUGCUGGGAAGCUCCUCUUCUCACAUGUCACAGUCCAGCAGUUAUGGCAGUCUACACACACAUGACCGCUUGAGCUAUCCCGCACAUGCAGUCUCGCCUACAGAUAUAAAUGCCAGUCUUCCUCCAAUGUCUAGCUUCCAUCGCAGCAGUGCCAGUAGUUCACCUUAUGUCGCUGCCUCACAUACUCCACCCAUCAAUGGAUCAGAUAAUAUACUGGGAAACAGAGGAAAUGGGACUGGAAGCUCACAGACGGGUGAUGCACUUGGAAAGGCACUGGCAUCUAUUUAUUCUCCUGACCAUACCAGCAGUAGUUUUCCAUCAAAUCCAUCAACACCAGUUGGAUCACCAUCACCUCUCACAGGUGCCAGUCAGUGGUCUAGGACUGGAGGACAAGCUCCCUCAUCUCCAAACUAUGAAAACUCUCUCCACUCUUUGAAAAAUCGAGUUGAGCAGCAACUUCACGAGCAUUUGCAAGAUGCAAUGUCCUUCUUAAAGGAUGUCUGUGAGCAGUCUCGAAUGGAGGAUCGCUUGGACAGACUUGAUGAUGCCAUCCAUGUGCUACGAAACCAUGCUGUGGGGCCUUCAACAAGCCUGUCAGGUGGCCAUGGAGAUAUACAUAGUUUAUUGGGGCCAUCCCAUAAUGGGCCAAUUGGAAGCCUAAACUCAAAUUAUGGAGCAUCUAGCCUCGUAACAACCAAUCGACAAGCUUCAAUGGCUGGAACUCAUCGGGAAGAAAGUGUCAGCCUCAACAGCAACCAUUCAGUCCUGCCCAGUACAGUGUCUGCUCAGAGCACAGAACUAAAUCAUAAAACACAAGAAAAUUACAGAGCAUUGUCAGGUGGCUUGCAGAGCCAGUCUGUGGCCAUAGGUCCAGCAGAAAUCAAGUCAGAACAUAAGGAGAAGGAUGAAAAUAUACACGAACCUCCCUCAUCUGAUGACAUGAAAUCAGAUGAUGAAUCCUCCCAAAAGGAUAUUAAAGUUUCAUCUAGAGGAAGAACGAGUACUAAUGAAGAUGAAGACUUAAACCCAGAACAGAAGAUAGAAAGAGAGAAAGAGAGGAGAAUGGCAAAUAACGCUAGAGAACGCUUGCGUGUACGAGAUAUUAAUGAGGCAUUUAAAGAACUUGGCCGUAUGUGUCAGCUUCACCUGAAGAGUGAAAAACCACAAACAAAACUGCUUAUUCUUCACCAGGCUGUGGCAGUCAUCCUCAGUCUAGAGCAACAAGUCAGAGAGAGGAACCUAAACCCCAAAGCAGCCUGCCUUAAGAGAAGGGAAGAAGAAAAAGUUUCUGCCGUAUCGGCAGAGCCACCAACACCACACCCAGGAAGCCACACUGGGCUUAGUGAAACUACCAACCCUAUGGGUCAUAUGUGAACACCAGCCAGAAUUCCAGAAUUAUCGGUAGGAUAUAUAGAAGGUGACCUUUCUUCACAAGGACACAGACAACUAACAUUAUAUGAAGACACAAAUCUGACAGGAGAAAA